GCACCUCUAAGUAAUAUGGAGAAAUCUUCAGAAAUAAAUCCUUCCAUCUCUGUUAUUCCUACUCAAGAUCGAUACAAAUUAGCUUCUUGGGGUUUACCAUCAAACAUUCUCCAAAAAUAUGAAGCACGAGGAAUAACUACUAUGUUUGCUUGGCAAAUAGAAUGCUUAUCGAAUCAUAAAAUUAUUGAAGAAAAUUCUAAUCUUGUAUAUUCUGCUCCAACAUCAGCUGGAAAAACAUUAGUAGCAGAGAUUAUCAUGAUAAAAACAGUAUUGGAAAGGCAAAAAAAAGUAAUUUUUAUCUUGCCAUUUGUCUCUGUUGUUAGAGAGAAAAUGUAUUACUUUCAAGAUUUAUUAUCUGAUAGUGGGAUUCGAGUAGAAGGAUUUAUGGGUGGUGUAGUACCUGCUGGAGGAUUUGCAGCAACCCAUAUUGCAAUAGCAACUAUUGAAAAAGCAAAUUCAUUAGUAAAUCGUUUAAUGGAAGAAAAUGAACUAGUCAAUGUUGGAGCUGUAAUUAUAGAUGAAUUACACCUUGUUGGUGAUCCAAAUCGUGGAUAUCUUCUUGAAUUACUUUUAACUAAAUUAAAAUACAUGCGUUCUAGGGAUGAAAAUAUUAAUGUACAAUUAAUUGGCAUGUCUGCUACACUUCCAAAUUUAUCCCUUUUAGCUAAGUGGCUAGAUGCUGAAUUAUAUAAAACGGAAUUUAGACCAGUACCUUUAAAUGAACAGUGCAAGAUAGGUAAAAAUAUAUAUAAUAACAAAUUGAGUGUUAUAAGAACCUUAACACCAAUGCCAGAAUUAACUAUGGACUCAGAUGAUAUUCUUCAGCUAUGUAUUGAAACAAUAUCUGAUGGUCAUAGCGUUUUAAUCUUUUGUCCAACAAAGAAUUGGUGUGAAAAGCUAGCUAAACAAAUUGCUGCUGCAUUCUGUAAUAUAGGUCGAGAAGAUACUGAAUUAGGUAAAACUUUGAGACACCAAUUAAAUUCUACAUUAAUUUCUGAAACAUUAGAGCAAUUAAAGCGUAGUCCUACAGGUUUAGAUAGUGUACUAAAAAGCACAGUUUCAUUUGGGACAGCUUUUCAUCAUGCUGGUCUUACUAUAGAUGAACGCGAUAUUAUAGAAGGAUCUUUCAGAUCUGGAUCUUUAAGAGUUCUUAUAGCUACAUCAACUUUAAGUAGUGGAGUAAAUUUGCCAGCUCGAAGGGUAAUUAUUAGAUCUCCACUGUUUAAUGGCAGACUGUUAGAUAGUCUUACAUACCGACAAAUGAUAGGACGGUCAGGCAGAAUGGGGAAGGAUACUGCAGGUGAAAGUAUACUGAUGUGUAAACCAAAUGAAAAAAAAUUAGCUGAAACAUUAUUAUCAGCUCCUUUGGAAGCAAUUGAAUCCUGCCUUGAUGAUUCAGGACCUUUAAUUCGAGCUCUUCUAGAAGCUGUAGCUAGCGAGGUCAUGCAUACUUCGUCCGAUCUUGAAUUGUACACUAAAUGUACUUUAGUAAGUUUGAGCGAUGAACACAAUUCAAAAGAUCCGUCGAAUGAAGCAAUUAAAUUUUUAGUAGACAAUGAAUUUUUAUUCUUACAAACAACUGAAGAAGGACAUAGAUGGGUAGCUACAGCAUUUGGCAAAGCAUGUUUAGCAGCUUCUAUAUCACCUAGGGAUGGCUUGUUUUUACUUGAAGAACUUCAAAAAGCGAGACGAUGCUUUGUUUUGGAUACAGAAUUACAUGUGGUAUAUCUAGUGACACCAGUCAGUUCUGGAAAUCAAAUUGGAGCUAUCGAUUGGAUGACAUAUUUUGAAUUAUGGAAACUGCUAUCAGAAAGCGAACGUAGGGUUGGGCAACUUGUUGGUGUAGAAGAACGAUUUUUAACAUCAACUAUUAAAGGCAUUGUGCGACCAGGAAAAUUGCUUAAUAUACAUAAGAGAUUUUAUACUGCAUUGGCAUUACAUGAUUUAGUUCGUGAAGUUCCUCUUAAUACAGUUUGUAAGAAAUAUGGUUGUUGUCGAGGAGUCCUUCAAACUUUACAACAAUCUGCUUCUACAUUUGCUGGAAUGGUGACGCAAUUUUGUAAGCAAUUGGGUUGGGACUGUAUGGAAUUACUAGUCUCCCAAUUUCAGACACGAUUACAGUUUGGUGUUUGUAGAGAAUUAUUGGAUUUACUACGUCUUCCAAUGUUAAAUGGACUACGUGCUAGAAGUCUUCAUAAACAUGGAAUCACAACUGUAGCAGAUUUAGCUCUUGCUAAUGAACUUGAUGUUGAACGUGCUCUUUAUAAAGCAAUUCCUUUUGAAAGCGAAAAAGAACAAGAUGGUGAACACGAAUCGGAAGCGGUAAAACGAAAUAAAAUGAGGACAGUGUUCGUCACUGGAAAAGACGGUUUAACACCUCACGAAGCUGCAAUUAUGUUAGUUAAUGAAGCCAGAACAUUAGUACGGAACGAACUAGGAUUGCAAGAUAUGUCGUGGAAACAAAACGAACAAUCUGUCAUUACAAACGUAUCUAAUACAGAAAUAAAUUCACGUAUACAACAAGAUACGCUUCAGACUACGAAACAUACAGAUAUACAAAUAGAAAGUGAAACUGCACGCAAUCAUAUUCAAAGGAAAAUGAAUUUAAGCGAAAAAGUCAUAAAAGAUAAAAAGAAACCAUAUUUAAUAUACAACCAGACUAUGAAUAAAGAUAUUAAUUUUACUAGCAAAGAAGAAAGCACAUUAAAUCAUAAAUCCAAUAUAAAUGAAAAAUCCAAAAUUGAUAUAAAUACUACAGAAAAUACUAGUUAUUCUAAAUGUAACUUAGAAAAUAAUAUGAUACAAGAGCAAAAGGAUGAUAAUAUAAAACUUACUGAUCAAUUACUGCAGAUAGACUUACCAGAAACUUUCGAUCUUUCAGUCGAAAAGCUAUCGGUAGAUGUCUUUGAAAAUAGUAAUUCUAAAGUAACAUGUGAUUCUCUACAGAAACGAAAUAGCGAAUCAUUAAUUCGCGUUCAUGAUAGCAAAAGAAAUUGUAGGCAAAAUUUCACUAUUGAACCUUCAAUUAAUAAUGUCCAAGGCAAUCAGGAUAUAAGUAAUAUACAUACCAAAAAAAUAAGAAUCUCCAUUGAAGCAAAUACUGAAAUAUCACCUUGCGUAAAUGAAAUUACACGUUUAUCUAGUGUUGAGAGUAUAAAAUUAGCAGUUUCGAGAAGUCCUAGUUUAUUCGAUGAUAGUUUAAAUUUCGAUACACAAAUUUGCAAUAUACUGGAACAAAAUAUCGUUGAUUCUCUUCAGUUUUCAGAUUUUGAAAACACUAAAUUACUUGAACAAAAAGUAACGAUACAAGACGAAGAAAAUAUAAAAUUACAAACCACCUACACUAUUAAUAAUGAAACAGAAGCAAAAGAAAAGAGUAUAAAAGAUAACGAUGUAAAUAAAGAUUCUUCAAAUUUUACAGAUCCACAGAUGAAGCACAAUAUGAUUUCGUGGAAAGAUGAUUCUUGGAAUGAAUCAAAGAAAGUAACGGAAAAAUUAAACAAAAUUGUAAACAAAAAUGACGAAGAUAAACGUAGCAUUAAAAACAUAAGAAAUACAAACAUGCAAUCUAUUAUAGAAACCGCUGGAACAAGUAAUUCAAUACCAGAAACAAAUAAAAAAUACGAAAUGAAAUUUGAAAAAACUACAAGUACUCCAGUUGAUUUGAAAAAAGUAUCACAGAAACGCAGAUUAGCGGAUGUAUCCGUGGUAAAAUCACCUGUAGCGGGUGUUUUCGUUUUUAAUAAAAAUCGUGUACCAUCAAUAGACUCAAAUAAAUCAGAUUCAGAUGAUAUUGUUAUUGCUUCCCAGAAUAUAAAUUCACCUACUACAAAUAACAAGAUACUAAAUAAAUUAGACUCUGAAAAGAAACAGAAGAUGUAUAAAAGCUAUGUAAAUACUAUUCCAAACGUAAUAGAAAUUGAAAAAUGUCAAAUUAGAUCAAAAUUGAAUGAAAUACUUGCACAAAAUGUUGUAUGUAAUAAAAAAUGUAGUACAGGUAGUGUAAUUUCGAAUUCAGAUGAAGAUACACCCAUAAAAUCAACAAAGAUUUUACAAAAAUCUAAGAUUAGUCUAAGAAAAACUAGAAAUAGUCCUAAGACAAGUGUACGAACAAAUGAACUCGUAGAUACCAUAAAUGAAAUAACUAAUUGGAAUACAUUAAAUGUCAUAAAAGUUGGGAGUGAUAGAGGUACAUUUAAUUUAUUUAGACGUGAAGUAAUGCAAAAACGAUAUGUUGCUUUAGCUUUAAAUUGUGAACUAUAUAAUAAUGAAGCAAAUAAUAUUGGUUCUAAGAUCAUUGGCUCUGUUAUUACUGAAAGAAAAAAGAAAUCUAAAAAAGUGGAAAAUUACGUAUAUGCAGAUAAAAAAUUGUGUGGUGCUUCUAUUGCUUGGGAAAAUAAUAUUGCGUAUUAUAUCUCUUUUUCUAAUGAACCAGAUCUGAAAGUUCCAGCCAAGGAACAAAUGAAAUUAUUUAAAGAAUUACUUUCUAAUACUCUUUUGUAUGCAAAAUGUUUUGCGACUAAAGAAAUAUAUAAAACCUUAUAUGAAUGUUGUGGUAUUACAGCAAAUUGCAAAUUUUUAGACCCAAAAGUAGCAAGUUGGUUAUAUGAUGGUAACAUUUAUGAAAAAACUUUUAAUGAAAUGGUGAAAGAAUAUUUUCCACAAGGGUCUUUCAUAACUCAAAGGAUAGGUACGUGUUAUGAUAUAGGACCUGGAUUGCAUAUCAAAAGUUCAAAACCAGGAGAACUUAGAGCAUCUGCAGAAGCUGUACUUACAUGGCAUAUAACAGAUAAGCUGUUAAACAAAUUAGAAGAACUAAGUCCAACAUUACUAUAUACAUUUAAAGAUGUUGAAAUGAAAAUAGUGACCUUACUAGCUUGUAUGGAACUAAGUGGGUUAGGUGUAUCUUUAAAAUCAUUACGAGAUUUGUCUGCUGUUAUUCACGAAGAAAUGAAAUCAUUGGAAGAACGAGCACAUACAUUAUGUGGAAAAAGAUUUAACUUUUCCUCGUCUAAAGAAAUUGGACAAAUUUUAGGUUUAUACAAAGGCAAAAAGAUCAGUGUUAACAAAACUGUAUUAGGACAAUCUGAUCAUCCAAUAUCUAAACUUGUAAUGUCAUGGCGUAAAUUAAAUGCAACUCAAUCUAAAAUUAUUCAUCCAAUAUUAUGUUUGGCUCAACACAGUUCUCGUAUUCAUAGUAACAGCGUUACGUGUACAUUAACAGGUAGAAUUUCAAUGCAUGAACCAAAUUUACAAAAUGUGCCAAGGGAUUUUAGUUCUGAAGAUAAUAGCUUUACAAUAAGUGUUCGAAUGGCAUUUAUACCUUCCAUAGAUAAUGUUCUAUUAUCAGCGGACUAUUGUCAACUUGAAUUUAGAAUAUUAGCACAUUUUUCAAGAGAUGCAACAUUGUGUGAUAUUAUGCGGAAACCAGGUGAUAUUUUUAAGAAUAUUGCAGCAAAUUGGAAUCACAUUUCUGAAGAUCAGGUCGACGAUAAAAUGCGUCAGCAUACAAAGCAAUUGUGUUAUGGUAUGAUUUAUGGUAUGGGAGUCAAAACACUUGCCGAAAACUUAUCGAUAGACGAAGUUAAAGCCAAAGAAUUUUUAGAAUCUUUUAUGAAUGCAUAUCCAGGUAUAUCUAAAUGGUUGAAUAAUGUACUGGAAGAAGCACGUGCAAAUGGUUAUAUAACAACGCUUUUGAAAAGACGUAGAAUGUUUCCUGGAUUAACAAGUACAAACUCAGUGGAGAAAUCACAAGCAGAACGUCAAGCAGUAAAUACUAAAAUUCAAGGAUCUGCAGCUGAUAUUGCUAAGAAGGCAAUGGUGAAGAUUGAAGAACGAAUGCGAUCUGAAUUUCCAACAUCUACAAUCAUUAUGCCCACUGUUAAUUCUACUCGUAAAUUAAGAAGUAAUAAUAGAGAAGUGCAGCAAAGGGGUGGCUACUUGGUAUUACAGCUCCAUGAUGAACUUUUGUAUGAGGUAUACAUACAAGACCUAAAACAAGUUGCAACAAUAGUAAAGGAAUCAAUGGAGCAAGUGUGUCAUCUUGCAGUACCAUUACCUGUAAAACUUAAAGUUGGAUCAGCAUGGGGCGAUCUUUCUGAAUAUACUAUUUAUUAA